AUGACAGUUCUCAAUAGGGAUUAUACAGCAGCCAACUUAGUUGCAUUCAACUUCGCUGGAUUUGCUUGUAUAUCGAUUGUCGUUUUCCUUUCUUCAACUCAACCAUUUUAUUUACUGGAAGUCCUCGGAUUAGAAAUUGAUGAUAAAAUAGGAAGUAUAAUUGGAACAUUAGGGUUUGCAGAUGAAUUGACAGCUAUUGUUUCAGCCCCUUUGAUAGGUACUUUGGUCGACAAGAUCAAUCUUAAAGGCUCAAGCGGUACGAGAAUUAUUCAAAGUUCAAGUUUUAUUAUCCUUGCCCUAAGUUUAAUCGGAUAUGGAGCUUUGAGUUCUCAUGUGUUUCCAGACUUAAUAUUCUUCAGAUGUUUGUUUGCAUUAGGGGUCACUGGUUGUAUGAGUUUGGUAACAGUGUUGUUAAAUGAAUUGAGUAAUUCUGAUUUUUCAUUCAAGAAGUUCAUCUUUUGGAAACCUGCUUAUGUUAAUGAUUCAGAUUCAACUGAAAAUGAUAAUACAAAGAGAAAUGGGAAAUAUGCGGCCUUGAUUGGAGUGUCUACUGGUUUAGGUGCUAUUUUUGCUGUAUCUAAUUUCUUAACCUUGCCUGUCAAAUUAGUUAAUUGGUAUCCUGAUUUAUCAUUAAAAGAUGGAAUAAAGACUUCUUAUCUUAUCUUAGCAGCAUAUUCAUUUAUAUCAUUCUUGAUAUUACAUGCUUUAUUAUACGACAAGACAAAAGUGAGGAUUUCUGAACCAUUAAUUUUAAACGAUGGUGAAGAUGCAAUUGAUGUUGUCAUUCCAAUAAAUGUUCCUUACUUUCAAUUAUUAAAACAAGGUAUUGAAUUAUCCAAAAACAAUCCCAAAGUACAAUUAUCAUAUGUUGGAGCUUUCGUGGCUAGAUCAACUACAGUCACCACUUCAGUAUUCAUCCCACUCUUAGUUUACAACUAUUACUAUAAACAAAAGUUAUGUGAUGUCACAGAAUACCCUAAUAAGAAGAAUUGCUACGAUGGUUAUAUAUUCGCUGCAAUCUUAACCGGAGUAGCACAAACGGUAGCAUUGGUAUCGGCACCAUUAUGGGGUUACUUGAUUGAUCUCAAACGUAUAGGAACAUACAAAACACUUUAUGUCGCAAGUUUCAUAGGAUUGAUCGGUAAUUAUGGAUUAUGUCUUACAUCAUCAUCAGAUUCCGUUUAUGAUCCACAUACUGUUGCCUGUUUCCUUAUGGUUAGUCUUAUAGGUGUUUCUCAAAUCGGGAUUAUAAUCACCAGUAUGAGUUUACUUAGUAAUUCAUCUGAAAAUCCAAAUCAUAUGGGUUCAUUAAGUGGAUUAUAUAGUUUAAGUGGUGGAUUGGGUAUAUUAAUCAUAACCAAAAUUGGAGGUAUAUGGAGUGAUUCUUGGAUACUAGGCCCAUUUUUCAUAUUGGGUACCUUCAAUGCUAUACUUAUCAUCCAAUGUAUAUUAAGAAUCAAGUACGAGAAUAAAGAGGAAUAUAGAUUAAUUCAAGAAUAA